AUGUCUUCUUUCCCACUCAAGAACUACUCUCUUCUUACUUCCUUCACCGAAAAAAUAAUCCUCCUGUUAGACAAACAUGCGAACACCUCACAGAGCCGCUCGGAUACCCCAUGGGACAUAAAUCCAACAACAGGACAAUCAACCAUCGAAACAGCUCCCUCAUUUGGCAUCGAAGAUGGCCACCUAGACAUCAUGGAGCGAGUAUACUCUCUACAUACCCUCGCCCGCGAGACCGGAAGCUUGGACCCCGAGUCAAUCUCUCAAGCCCUCACAAUAUGGGAUGAUCUGGAGCACUUGGAACCCCCAGAGACCCUCGAUUCAUCAGACUAUUUUUCCUUACAUGCAUCGUGUGUAUCGGCACUGUUUGUGUGGCUAUAUCUCGUCGUUCACCCGGAGGGAAUGAAAGAUGAAAAGGUUCAAACUACUGUAUAUACUGGUCUUGUUAACGCAGAGAAUAUCUCUGAUGCCGAGUUCUUCCCAUUCCUGCUUAUUCCUGCUUUUUGCCUUGGUAUAGCAAGUAUUCGACAGGAGGAUAGAGAGUUUGUCAGGGGUGUAUUUGGUAAAGCUGAGCGGUCGGGUAUAUCAAAGAGGUUUAGGGAGAUGGUUAUUGAAAGCUGGAAUAGGUGGGAUAGUGGUGUGAAAAGGAGCUGGGACUGGGGUGAUAUAUUCGAUGGUGAAAAGAUCAUCUAA